AGCAACUCCACGUAAGUUACGUAGAUUCGGAGUACGUGCCAAGGUGCCUGAGACUCCGGGCUGGAGAGCGGCGAGACCCGGUGACCUUCACGGACUGACGGCUGCACCGGACCGGCCAUGGCCCCUCACUAACAGCAGCAGAACCCUCGGUUCGGCUCGGCUCGGCUCGCCAUAAUCCGGCUUUCAGGUCCCGGUUCCCGCCCCGCUCGGAGGAAUGGCUCGCUGCCCGGUGACGAACCUGCUGCGGUUCGGGACCAGGGUGGCCAGGAGCGGCUUCCUGCGGCCGCUGCACGCCGCGGCAGGUUGCUCCUCCACGGAACCAACAACUGGGUUCAAACCGGACAGGGUUGCCGUGGUGACCAAAACCACCCGGUACGAGUUCGAGCAGCAGCGGUACCGGUACGCCGGACUGUCUGAGGAGGACCUGAAGCAGCUGCUAGCAAUGAAGGGCUCCAGCUACAGCGGCCUGCUGGAGCGCCACAACAUUCACACCGGCAACGUGGAGCACGUCGUGCAGAGCCUGCAGAGCGCUGGCAUCCAGGUGCGGGUGGUGAGGAGAGGGGAGUACGACGACGAGGUGGUGAGGUGGGCCGACGCCAUCGUCUCUGCUGGAGGUGACGGGACGAUGCUGCUGGUGGCCAGUAAGGUUCUGAACAAGGACAAGCCGGUUGUUGGGGUGAACACCGACCCAGAGAGGUCAGAAGGUCACCUGUGUUUGCCGGUGCGAUACCACGCCUUCCCAGAGGCUCUGGAGCGGCUCUGCCGUGGUGAGUUCAGGUGGUUGUGGCGCCAGCGGCUCCGGCUGGACCUGGAGGGAACCGGGAUCAACCCGACCCCAGUGGACCUGCAUGAGCAGCAGCUGAGCCUGGAGCAGCACAACCGGGCCCACCGGAUCAGCACCGUGGAGCGGCAGCAGACGCUGCACCCGGCCUAUUCAAAGCCCAGCCUGCUGCCGGUGCGCAGCCUGAACGAGAUCUUCAUCGGGGAGUCUCUGUCCUCCAGGGCGUCCUACUACGAGAUCUCGGUGGACGGCGGGCCCUGGGAGAAGCAGAAGAGCUCCGGGCUCAGCGUGUGCACCGGAACCGGGUCCAAGGCCUGGUCGUACAACAUCAACAAACUGGCUGAGCAGUCGGUGGAGGAGGUUCUACGAAUCGGAGCGUCUCAGGCUGGAGUUGAAUUCGCACUCAGCAGGGAGUUUGUAGGGAAAGUAACCGAUGACUACAACGCGUCCCUGGUGUUCGCCCCAGACGAGCCCCGCCUCUUCUUCAGCGUCAGGGAGCCAAUCAGCAACCGCGUUUUCUCCAGCAGCAGGCAGAGAGGCUUCGCCAGCAGGGUGUGCGUCCGCUCGCGGUGCUGGGACGCCUGCAUGGUGGUGGACGGCGGCACGUCCUUCGAGUUCAACGAUGGCGCCAUCGCCACGGUAACCGUAAACGAGGAGGACCGGCUGCGGACCGUCCUGCUGGACCAGUGAGGCCGGUCGGCAUGGAGACAGGAUCAAGAUUGACUCACUAAGCCCAUAAUGAAGUUCUGAUCCAGAAUAGAGAGCAGAGCUGCUGCACCAUGUGACCAGCUCUGCUCUGAUUGGCUCAAACCAAACGUCCAAUCACAGGACAAAGAUCUAAAACCCAUAAACACACUGGACCAGUUUACCCAGCAACUGAUGCAGACAUCCCAUAAUAAACCAUUUUUAUCUGUACUGCAUCGCCGCUGCCUCACAGAGUCUGCCUCUGGUUAUUUAACCCGACCGUCAGAACCGGAUCCGAACCGGGGAAAGCAGCCAGAAGGAGAACCGGACGAGUAUUCACACCCAUUACGUUCUGAUCAGAGCUGAAAUGUUAACGCCUUCAUUCUAUUCAGAUUUACAGCGCAGCUACACCCGCUAGCUGACGCGCAGCUACAUCCGCUAGCUAGCUGACGCGCAGCUACAUCCGCUAGCUAGCUGACGCGCAGCUACAUCCGCUAGCUAGCUGACGCGCAGCUACAUCCGCUAGCUAGCUGACGCGCAGCUACAUCCGCUAGCUAGCUGACGCGCAGCUACAUCCGCUAGCUAGCUGACGCGCAGCUACAUCCGCUAGCAGCAGCGAUGGAAGCUGCUGCUCUGAUCAGUUGUUUCUACUCCUCUGAUUGGUCGCUGUGAUCGGUCCGCCUCGCAGUCUGGACCUGGAACCAGUAGGAACUGGUUCCUAGCAGAGAAGCUAUGCUAGCCUAAACUAGCAUCGCAAUGCUAACGUAGCAUUUCCUGUCCAACACUUUCGAUUGAAAUGUUGCUGAUUUUGUCGACAGUUUUUGAUUGAAACCCUGAAAUAUUUAAAUGGUUUUUAUUUAAUAUCAGUGUUUUAUUGCGAUGGACAAAAGCAGAGCGACAGGAAAUGAUUGAUGAUGGAUUAUUUUCUCUCCACCAGCCGUUCAGACAUAAACCAGUUUCCCUCAUUUUUCUCCAAAGGUCUGAAAAUCAGCUACUGUUUCCUUUGACUAGACCAUUUUGACCCAUGGGCUCAGUAACCUUUACAGUCCAAAGAGCCGUUUUUAUUCUUAUAAUUAACUAAUAAAAUGUAUUUAUAGAACCGUAAAACCUGCAGGGCCCUUCAGAAUAAAAGCUUUUCAAGUUUUAUGUUAAUUAUGUUUCACAGUUAUAAGAAAGACCUACAAAUAUGUAUGUAGUUUAGAGUUUGAAACUAUUUUAUUCAUUUUUAUUGAAUAUAUGGAAAAUCAUGUAGAAUCAAAAUUAAAUAAGUGAAAAUAAAAAAGUUUUUGAUUCUGUUUUGGAAAAUUGAUGCAAAUUUAACAUGAAAUCAGUAAAAAUUCAGUUCCAGACAUUUUAAUCGUAAUUAAAACGUUUCAGUUUGCAGGCAGCAGAUUUGAUUCGACGCUUUCAGGAAUAAAAAUUCAUAUUCAGUUUUAUUCAGAAUCAAAAGGUUCGUUACUCUGAAUAAACUUCCAAUCACUGAUGAGUUUUUUCAUUUUAUUUGCAUUGAACCGUUUUUAAAGUCUGACCUGGAUCCGGUUCUGGUCAUAGUGAUGCAGCAGCAGGUCAGAGGUCAAAGGUUAAAUAAUAGUAGAGCCUCAGGUUGUGUUGCUGAAGAAAGUUUGAAUUUUGUUAGUUUGUAGAGGGAAGCAGGUCAGAACCAGAGCUGCUGGUUCUGGUUCUGGGCGGAGAUGCUGCAGCAGCGUCACAGCGCGGCAUUCUGGGAAAAUCUCACUUCUGGAAAUGAUUGUUACAAAACAUGAAAACUGUGACAUCAGCAGCUCAUGAACUGGUUUCUAACCAGCAGUGACUCCCAGUCCGGACCCGAACCAGUGGGUUCCUGCUGGGAACGCCGUCCCUGCUGGGAACGCCGUCCCUGUUCCCAUUCCUGGGAUGUUUGUGUUUUAAUAAAAUGUUUUACAGCC